CACAGUGACCAACUGACCACACUCUCAGAUCUCUCUCUCUCUCUCUCUCUCUCUCUCUGAGUCUUUGUACAGGAAGAUAUUGUGUGGGGAUCUUGUUGUUGGGUUUAGGUGGGUAUUGUGUGGGGAAAAUGGCGGGAGGAAUGAACAGGAAGAUAUCGGCGGCAUCAGCCAGAGCUCACACCAGGAAAGCUAGGCAAAAGAGUUCCUUUCAGCUUCCCCCAGGGCUGUUAAAGAAAACAGUUGUUUUGCUUUUUGUGGGGUUUCUGGCAUGGGCUUAUAAGGCAAUCCAACCUCCUCCACCCAAGAUAUGUGGUUCUCCAGAUGGCCCCCCUGUUACAGCACCAAGAAUCAAACUUAGUGAUGGAAGGCAUUUGGCCUACAAAGAACAUGGUGUGCCUAAAGAAAUGGCCAACUAUAAAAUUGUCUACGUCCAUGGUUUUGAUAGUUGCAGGCAUAAUGCUGUUGUCGCUGAAACACUAUCUCUGGAAAUUGUUGAAGAGUUAGGGAUCUACAUUGUAUCUAUUGACAGACCUGGUUAUGGGGAGAGUGAUCCUAAUCCAAAGAAAACAGUGAAGAGCAUGGCUUUGGAUGUAGAAGAGCUUGCUGAUCAAUUGGGACUUGGAUCCAAAUUUUAUGUAAUUGGUUUCUCCAUGGGUGGCCAAAUGAUUUGGAGUUGUCUCAAAUAUAUCCCUCACAGGCUAGCCGGGGCAGGACUAAUAGCUCCAGUAGUUAACUAUUGGUGGCCUGGUUUUCCUGCAAACUUAUCUACGGAAGCCUACUACCAACAGUUUCGGCAAGAUCAAUGGACACUUCGUGUUGCUCACUACACACCCUGGCUUACCUACUGGUGGAACACUCAAAAAUGGUUCCCCGCUUCUAGCGUGGCAGCUCAGAGUCCCGAUAUUCUUUCUCCCCAAGACAAAGAGAUCUUGACCAAGCUGUCUGACAGGAAAAACCAUGUGGCCCAUGCAAGACAACAAGGAGAAUAUGAAUCCCUCCAUCGUGACAUGAUUGUUGGAUUUGGGAGCUGGGAGUUCGGUCCUGUGGAUUUGGAAAACCCAUUUCCAAACAAUGAAGGUUCUGUCCACUUGUGGCAUGGAGAUGAUGAUUGGAUUGUGCCUGUUAAGCUGCAACGAUACAUUGCUCAACGGUUACCAUGGAUUCACUAUCAUGAAUUACCAGGUGCUGGGCACUUAUUCCCCCACAUAGAUGGCACAUGUAAUACUAUGAUUAAGGCAAUGUUGCUCGGGGUGAAGUAGUCUUCCACAUAUGUGAUGGGCUACCCCAGGUCAAUUGCUCUGAGCCUUUCAUCUUUUUUGCUCAUGUGGAAACAUGAAAUUUCUUUUGAUCAUUCUGAUUUCUACGAUAAGUUUUAGUUCCAGAUAUUAGCAUUUCUAUUUACUGUUGGGAAGAAUGCAGUUGCUACUUCUGGCUUGAAAAAUUACUUGUGAUGGUCAGGUAGUUAACAUCUAUAGGAUCAUUACUAUUGAAUAGACCAACUGAGAAAUAUGGGCUUU